AUGCUGAUUGGAAAUAUUUCACUUGCAACAGAAUCCAAGCAAGACUUUCCACUCCUCUUUUCUUUUCACUUCAGCGGACAUUAUGACAUGGCUUCCAACAUCAGUAAAAGGCCUUUUCCUAUCUUCUUUCUUUCUCUGUCACAAAUCUUUCUUCAUUUACCUUUUUGUAUUUGCUUCCUCUUUAUUUAUCAUUACCUAUUUUCUUCUUUCUCUCUUUCUCUUAAAUAUUUAUUCUAUAUUUCCUCUUACUUUAAAUUCUCCAUUCUUCAUCUCUCUCUCUCUCUCUCUCUCAAGUCUCUAUUUCCUCGUUUAAAUUCUCCAUUCUUUUCUCUCUCUCUCUCUCUCUCUCUUUUAAUCUUUUUUCUAUAUUUCCUCUUUAAAUUCUUCAUUCUUUAUUCUUCAUUCCUAUUUUCUUCAUCUUUCAAACUUUCUCUUAAGUCUUUAUUCUGUAUUUACUCUUACUUUAAAUUCUCCACUCAUUCACUUUAUUCUUCAUAUCUCUCAUCUCUCUCUCUCUCUCUCUCUCUCUCUCUCUCUUAA